AUGUCGAUAUAUGAUAACAUCCUCGAUCGUCUGUCCGCAGAAUAUCACUGGACGCAACAAAAUGAAGCUGCUGUUCUGGAGCCAUUCACAUUCGUUACCUCAAAUCCAGGAAAGGACAUGCGAGGAAGACUUAUCGAAGCCUUCAAUCUAUGGCUCAAUGUCCCCCUAGACAAGAUUGCCACAAUAGCAAAGAUCGUGAACAUGUUACACGCUGCGAGUCUGAUGGUGGACGACAUAGAAGAUGAUUCGCAACUACGGAGAGGAAGACCAGUUGCCCACAAAGUCUACGGGAUCCCACAAACUAUUAACACCGCAAACUAUGUCUAUUUCCUGGCUUUCCAAGAAUUAUUCACCUUGAACAACUCGCUCACUCGCUCUGAGGAACAUGAUCUGCACGCGAUUGUCAACGCUGAACUACUAUCGCUUCACAGAGGACAAGGGCUGGAAAUCCUAUGGCGUGAUUCAUUGUCGUGUCCUAGUGAGGAGGAGUAUAUCGACAUGGUGAAUAAUAAAACUGGUGGUCUACUUCGCAUUGGAAUUAAGCUCAUGAUGGCGUGUUCUACAACUACAUCUCAUGUAGACUAUGUCCCACUGGUUAAUCUCAUUGGCGUCUAUUUUCAAAUCCGAGACGACCUGAUGAAUCUUCAGAGCCCUGAGUACGCCACCAACAAAGGCUUCGCCGAAGACCUAACCGAAGGAAAAUUCUCCUUCCCCGUCGUCCACAGCAUCCACGCCGACACGUCUAACAGGCAAAUCCUCAAUGUCUUACAGAAAAGACCUACCACGCCGACGCUCAAAACAUACGCUAUUUCGUACCUCAAAUAUAAGACGAAAUCGUUCGAUUAUACGUUAGGCGUUUUGGAAAAGCUCCAUAAACAAGCGUUAGCGGAGAUUAGUAGGUUGGGAGGAAAUAAAGCUCUCGUAACGUUAAUGGAGAGUUUCGUCGUUGAUCGAGCAAGGGUGUUGGGUGUAGAAGACUGA